AUGGAUCAGGGUCUGAAAUUCAUUCAUAGAAUUAUAGAAUACAUCUGGUUUUAUACUGUUCCUGGUGGGAUGGAUGUAUUCCUCCAGAGUUUGCACUCAGUUCCCUCAGCUGCCGACACUGGAGAGUUCGUGGACCUGUACGUGCCACGGAAAUGCUCCGCGAGCAACAGGAUCAUCGGGGCCAAGGACCACAUGUCCAUCCAGAUAAACGUGGCCGAGGUUGACAAGGUCACAUGCAGAUUCAAUGGCCAAUUUAAAACUUAUGCAAUUUGUGGAGCAAUUAUUAGAAUGGGAGAAUCUGAUGACUCUAUUCUUCAGCUGGCAAAAAAUGAUGGUAUUGUUUCAAAGAAUUUCUAA